GUCAAACACGUUGUUUAUAUAGAAAGCGUGGCUUAAAUCAUUCGAUAGAAAUGCUUUCCUUCAACGGUUGUCGUCAUUUUUUUUACCUAAUAAGGAGCGAUGGAUGUAAAAAUAAAUGGCAAAAUGGAAUAUAUAAUAGUAAUGAUAGGAGUUAAUUAUCAGCGCCACUUAAGGGUUUCAAUUUACUCGAGCUGGCGUGCCAUAAAAGUGAUUUCAUGCAUACGCAUACCGACAUCAACUCUCUCUAGAAAGUCAAAAGUUCACAUUCAUUAGCCCGACCGAGUGAGAAAAAAAACCCAUUUAGAAUGCCGUAGAAUGAACAAAAUAGAAAAAUUGCGAUUAUGAAUCCGUACAAUUUAAUUGGAUUUUUGCUGGUACUUUUUUACGCCACAAAUCGCGUACAUGCCGUACCAAUUGCAUCAGAAGCAUCGGAUUUAGCUGUGACAGCGGAAAACCGAACAGCCGUACAGAAUAAUGAUGAAAAAUUAGACAAUUUGCAAUACACCAUAGUCGAUGUAAUUGAAUCGUCCAAGAAUCUGGAUCAUGAUGCGACGACAAUUGAGCAAACGACGCAGAAACCACAGAGCGAAACACAAAAGCCAAAUUCAAUGGUUCGUAGACAUGUCAAAAAGUCAAAGACGCGACGACGACCACGCACACAACCAGAUUGUCGGUCACCAACCACCGUAAAACCAACAACGCCAAGACCAACACAAGUGGUCGUUCAGCUACCGAAUAUAUUCAUUUCACAAACUGGCUGGGGACCAGGUCGCUGACAUUGAACAAUUUCGACUUUGUUUUAGGAUAAUCACACUCAUUAAAUACUCAUUGAAAUUGUUCACACAUACUAAAUUGUUAAGGUCCUUGGUACAAAUUAUUAGAUUUAAGAAGACGAAAUGAGCAUUUGCGCUAGUAGCAUUUGAUAUGAAAUUAAAAAACGCUUUAAACUGAAA